AAUUGGCGAUGUACUUCUUUUUACGUGACGCAUGAUUGGUGAAAAACUUUCCCUGUAAUGCGUGAUUUAAUAGAAAAAUUCAGCGUGAUACGUGAUUGGUACCCCACCUUUGCCACACACUAGGGUUAAUCCAGAGAAAAUGAGGGGAGUUUCUUUUGGGUUAAUUAAAUGAUUAUCAAGACGUCAUCCUUUCCGAAAAGUUUCGUUUUCAAAAUGUUUUCCGUCCACACUAAAUCACAAAUCUGGCGAUUUUAAAUUACGCCGGUUUUAAAGAGUGUUUUCGAAAAGCUCCGUUUUCGGUGGGCAAUUUCUCCAGAUUGGGUUGGGCCGUAGGCCUAAGCGUUAAAAUAAAGCUGCGUUUUCAAUUCCUCCUGCACAGUAUGGACAGGGCCUUACUCAGUAGAAAGACAUUUACUUUUCAAGUAAACGAGAGUACAAAUUAGUCUUGACCUGACAAAUUAGCCUCGUCUUGACUAUUCCUCAAUGCCUUAUCGUUGUUAAUAUAAUUCUUCGAAAUCGACAAUUAAUUUCAAUUUGUUGGAGAUAAAUUUUUCAUUUGUAGCUUUAAUUGUCAUCCUUUUUUGUUCAAAGCCUCCGGGUCUUUUUACAGCCAUGGCUUAACCACCUUAAUUAAGAAGUUCUCUCUUUGGCUUAAAUCAGUGGGAAUUAUUCUACAACUUGUUACGAUUGCUUAGCAAUCUCGCCGAAAACUGUUUUGUUUAUGGAAAUCAGUGACAAAAGCGAUUUUCAAAGAAAACAUUGCUACUGAACGCGCGCUACUCCACGUAAUCGAGUUUACAAAACCAGUACAUCACCGAAAUUUCUAAGGGUUCCUUUUUCUCAAAACUUUAAGACCGGAAAACAGAACUUAUGCCCCAAAUUCAGGCUUUAAUUAUCCCACGACGUCGAGUUAAAACAUUAAUAUGGCUAACUGGAAUUGUCGUUCUGGUUCAGUUCUUUGUGUUUGUGGCGGUUCAAGUGCGAUCAGACAAAGGCUUUUUUACGGAAGACUGUUCUACACUUAAAAGCACAGUUCAGAGCCUUCCGCAAGAAUUUCACAAUCAGCAUUUGGCCACUACGUUUCCUGCACUUCAAGCUCAAACCAAAAAAAUUUCUACGCACGAGAGAGAAAUUCUAGUUGAUAGCACAAAAGCAGAAACAGUACAUAAAUCACGCAACGAUGCGGUGAAUAUUACGAUAAAAGCUAUUCCAUUGCCUUCUUCAAAUGAAACCGUACGGGAUUUCAUAACGGGAGCCACUUCAGCACAGGAUAAAUCUGUUUUGACAAGAGAUGGUUUGGAAAAUACCACAGCUGCCUUCAAGAAACAGGAUUUCAGUAACGACGAAAGUGUACCAGAAUUUAACUGUAAACAACUUAAAAACAGGACAUCGGUGAAUGGUAAUCUUAAUCUGCAUGAGUGGCACGGAUGGUGUGGAUACGCUGUUGAUGAUCUCAGAAGAGAACCUCUAUUUCCUUUUAAACCACACGUUAACGAUGUUCUAAGCAAGUUUGAAACAAAUGUAACAAAAAGAACAUUCAAUGGAAGACGGAUUUUUGGUUACGUUCAUCCCACGACUACAGGUGAUUUUGUUUUCGCCAUUAGUUCCGCGGAUGGUUCAGAACUCUGGUUGAGUACGGACGACGAUCCAAAACACUCCAGAAAAAUCGCGUAUCUUGGAGAUCCUGGUAAUCAAUAUGGCGCUACCACUAAGUUUGCACAGUUUACCUCACGGAAGGACCAAAUCUCUGAAAAUAUCAGAUUAGAGGCAGGGAAAGCUUAUUAUGUUGAAGUUCUUCAAAAGCAAAAAUACAACCAAGACCACGUGGAAGUUGCGUGGAAAAUGCCAGGAAAAGAAAAACUGGAGAUUAUCGAGUCACAAUUCCUCUCUCAGUAUAUAGAUUAUUCAGCAGACAAAGUGGAAAUCAAUGGUCGGGUUUUGUGCAUCGGUAAAGAUCACCCAACACUGCAAUUCGCAUAUGACGAGUUCAUGACCCGUGAGAAGUACGACAUUAGGGACGACUUUCAUGUUCGAGUUGAAACUCUCCCUCACUCAGAAGUGUCAGAUGUGUUACCAUCAUGUCCUUACAAUCCAUCUUUUCUGGUCUCACGAAAACUCAAAGAAAACGAGGCUUUUUCUGGAAACUUUAUCCAGUAUCCACGUGUGUAUCCUGAUGACAGGACGGAUGUUAACAUGUCACAUGAUAUUAAAAAUCACAUUAGCUGGGGAAACAAAAAACUCCCGAAAAGUGAGGCUUUGAAAACUGUAUCUGUAUACAUGGACGCACUUGUAAAGAGAAAAGGGGACAGAUUCUCUUUAAAGGAGAUCGUCAAUGUGGAAGCAAAAGAUGAUCCGAAAAAAGGAACCCGGUUUUUGUUAGAGUUGGAACUUACGGACAAACAGAAAGGGCGCUCUGUUCGUUUAUCAGAAUACGUGUACAGAACCGCAGAAAACAGCAGCGUUUUAUGUUAUCCAGAGGGAUUUCAGUGGAGAAGAAAUGUUACAGUUUCCAUGGUCAUAACGGUUAAAAACUAUGGCCCGUGGAUAAAGUUUUUAAUUAGUCAACUAGAUCAGAGUAAAAUCAUGGCAAAGUUUCUAAAAAGAGAGAAGAAUAUUGGUAAGACGAUCACCCCUGUCCUUUUUACAUGGGAGUCUUGCCCUGGACUUUUAGCCUACUUAAUGGUAAAAGGACUUCCAAUGUUUCUUUUAACCUCGCCUCGGCUUUUCUCUGCUAGGAUUGCUAUUUUGCAAAAGUUCACUGAGUUUCACAAGACUAAGGCUUUAAACGAUGGAGUAGGCUACAUCAAGGAUCCCAACAGUAUUAUAUUGACAGCAGAUCUUCACAUCAAGUUUCCAGCUAAUGUAUUUGAUAUCGUACGCAAGCAUGCAAUUCAAGGCCGCAGUUUCUACUCACCCGCUGUUCUAAAGUUGAAAUGCGGUUACUCCAUAUCACAUCAGCAAGCCUAUUGGGAGAUGAUGGGUUAUGGUUUGUUCGGAGGAUACAAGUCUGACUGGGACAGCUUUGGAGGAUUGGACGAAGAGAAAUUCACCACACGAUGGGGCGGCGAGGACUGGGAUCUAAUGGAUAGGGCCCUCGGUGCCAAUUUAGAGGUGGAGAGACUACGACUUCCAAAGCUUUACCAUUACUAUCACGAGAGAAAGAGCGACUGGUACGAAAACGCGCGACUGUAAUUAGGACAACCGUGUGAAACAUAUUGAUUAGAAGAGACUGGACACCUGGAGUCCGACUCAAGUACGCAGGAAAACGCGGAAUGCAGAAUAAACCGGUCAUUUAGGCCUUGAUCACCCCUCCCCCACAUGAGUUCUGAGAUGAAGACAUGGCUGACACCGCAAUAGGUUACACAAGCUGAGCAGCGGCCAGAAUCUUUUCUCGUGCUUCACAACAAAAGAAGAAAUGGACUGAAACGACACCCAGCCAUACGUGAGCCUUAACAGGCUACACGAGAGACGCUGAAAUCACUGAGGAAAAUAUGACAGCUUCAGUGUAGCAGAAUCGACUUAUGAUGCUACAUAAUUUAGAUUUUUUGGGGAAAGUCAUGUAUAAUAAAAAAAUUAUAUACAAUCCAAGGUCCUUAGAGUUUUCUUGUGUUUAAUUGUUGUUAAGAGAUUGAUAUUCGAUCUGCAAUCGACCAAACGGCCACUGGGUAGAAGCCAAAUCGGAGUCUUAAGAAUUAGUGCAUUGUCCAUGCGCGUUUAUCCCCAAUGUAUUCUCCUCUUUAGUUAUAAAAAAAGAAUAAAUUAGGUAUCAAAACGUA